AUGGCUGGGCAAAAAUUUGCUCUAAAAACCACUGACUGGGUAGCUUUUGGGGAGAUCAUACGCCGAAACCAGAAAGCCAUUGCUAACUCCCUGAAAUCCUGGAAUGAGACACUUACCUCCAGGUUGUCUACUCUCCCUGAGAAACCACCUGCUAUCAACUGGUCUUACUACAAGGUCAAUGUGGCAAAGGCUGGUUUGGUAGAUGACUUUGAGAAGUUUAAUGCCCUGAAGGUUCCUGUGCCAGAGGAUAAAUAUACUGUUCAGGUGGAUGCUGAAGAAGAAGAAGAUGUGAAAAUUUGUGCUGAGUUUUUGUCUCUUUCAAAGGCCAGGAUUGAGGAAUAUGAAAAAGAGCUGGAGAAGAUGAGGAACAUAAUUCCAUUUGAUCAGAUGACCAUUGAGGACCUGAAUGAAGUCUUCCCAGAAACCAAAUUAGACAAGAAGAAGUAUCCCUAUUGGCCUCACAAGCCAAUCAAGAAUUUAUAA